GGCCGCCCCGGCUCCAAGAUGGCGCAGGCGAUCUUCGAGGCGCUGGAAGGAAUGGAUAAUCAGACGGUGCUGGCUGUGCAGUCCUUACUGGAUGGUCAAGGAGGUGUGACGGAUCCAUCUGCUCAAAAUGUCAACUCCUCCACUGCCAUCCAGUCGAUGGAUGACGAAGACGUGUUCCUCUGUGGGAAGUGUAAGAAGCAGUUCAACUCACUGCCUGCCUUCAUGACCCACAAGAGAGAGCAGUGCCAGGGAAAUGCCCCUUCCCUCUCCACAGUCUCGCUGGCCACCAACAGUGUGUAUACCCCCUCCAUCACAUCGGUGCAGCAGGCUCCAAGCGCCAGCCGGCAGCAAAUUUCUACGUACAUCACCGUUCCUCCAUCACCUUUGAUUCAGACCCUGGUGCAGGGGAACAUCUUAGUCAGCGAUGAGGUGCUGAUGUCGGCCAUGUCUGCUUUUACAUCCUUGGACCAGCCCAUGCCGACGGUGCAGCCCCCGGCGCAGAGCAGCUUGAGUAUGCACGCUGGGGCUGGCUACCUCUCCCAGCCCCCCCCGCCUCCGCCUCCCCCGCCGCCACCCCCUCCUCAGCCUCCGCCGCCUCCCCCCCCGAGCAUGGGGGCUCCGGGGCAGCCCAGCGCCGGCGGCAGCGGGGUGGUCGAAGUGUACAGUGCGCCUGCUCCUAUGGCAGCAAACAGCACGGUGGAGAUCCAGACGCUGGGGAUGCAGCCCUAUCCGCCCAUGGAGGUACCGAGCCAGUGUGUAGAAAGUCUGUACCCUUCUCCUCCUGUGUACAGCCCUGGGAAGCAGGGGUUCAAGUCCAAGAGCACCAGCACUCCCACACCUUUGACCAGCGCAGGAGGAGGCAGUGUGGUUGGUUUUGAUUCCACCUCCGCUGCCAAAAGUCGGCGCUGCAAAAACGAGAGCGGGCUGCAAGAAGGCAAACCCAAGUCCCCCAAGCUGAAAUGCACUUACUGUGACAAGGCCUUUACCAAGAACUUUGACCUGCAGCAGCACAUCAGAAGUCACACAGGCGAGAAGCCCUUCCAGUGCAUCGUGUGUGGCCGAGCCUUUGCCCAGAAGUCCAAUGUGAAGAAGCACAUGCAAACCCAUAAAGUGUGGCCUCCAGGGCUGGGGUGCACUAUCUCCCGCAACUCCAUCACAGUGCAGGUCAUGGCCUUGAAUCCCAACCAGCCGGAGGACGAGGAGAACACAGGUUUGACUCAGCCCUCAAGGAACCCCGCACCACCGCCCCAAGACAUGAGCCCCUUGGACGAGAGCGAGGCGGGCAAACUGGAAGCCAAGCAGGUUGUCUUGAUUGAUAGCUCUUACCAGUGCCAGUUCUGCCCCAGCAAAUUCAACACCUAUUUCCAGCUCAAAUCGCACAUGACACAGCACAAGAAUGAGCAGGUGUACAAGUGUGUGGUGAAGACCUGUGCUCAGACCUUCCAGAAGCUAGAGUCCUUCCUUGAGCACAUCAAGAGUCACCAGGAGGAGCUGAGUUAUCGCUGCCACCUCUGCAGCAAGGACUUCCCCUCCCUGUAUGAGCUGGGCGUCCACCAAUACUCCCACAGCCUGCUGCCCCAGCACAGCCCCAAGAAGGACAUGGCCGUGUACAAAUGUGUGAAGUGUGUAAAUAAGUACUCCACCCCGGAAGCCCUGGAGCACCAUCUGCAGACAGCAACGCACAACUUUCCCUGCCCUCACUGCCAGAAGGUGUUCCCCUGCGAGAGGUACCUGCGCCGCCACAUCCCCACGCAUGGCGGGGGCAGCAAGUUCAAGUGCCAGAUCUGCAAGAAGUUCUUUCGCCGGGAGCACUACCUCAAGCUGCACGCCCACAUCCACUCGGGUGAAAAGCCCUUUAAAUGCUCAGUGUGUGAUGCAGCUUUCAAUCGGAAAGACAAACUCAAACGACAUAUGCUGAUCCAUGAGCCUUUUAAGAAAUAUAAAUGUCCCUUCUCAAGCCACACGGGCUGCAAUAAAGAGUUCAACAGGCCUGACAAGCUGAAGGCUCACAUACUGUCCCAUUCGGGGAUGAAGAUCCACAAGUGCCAGUACUGUAACAAGUCCUUCAGCCGACGAGCCCACAUGAUAGAGCAUCAGCGCUCGCACACCGGCAACUACAAGUACCGCUGCCCCACCUGCAGCAAAGGCUUCACGCGCCACAAGUACAUGAAGGACCACAAGUGCCGGCUGGGCUCGCCCAAGGACAAAGACCUGCAGCUCAGGAAGCCCCAGAAGAAGCGGGUGGCGCGGGGGCGCAAGGCGGGCCUUUCCCUCCCCAACCAGCUGGGUCUGGCAGAGCUGAAGGACGGUGCCGCUGGGGAAAGCCCCCCCGAAGGUGGCCCUAACAAAGAACCGUUCCAGGAGUCGGAUGCUGUCCUGUCCAUCGUGGUUGGUGGGUCGGGAGCUGCUGACUCGGACCUUGUCGUUCCUGGGCAGCCCAACAGCAUCGCGUCCAAUUUGGCCCUGGCAGAACUGCAGACUGCCUCGGAUGGCCCCUGCACCAUGCUGGCUGUCCCUGUUUACAUCCAAACGACAGAGUGAUAAGGCGUAGAGCCACUGUGUGGCUGAGGGCUGCUGCUGAGGCUGUCAGACUCGGUGCUGAAAUUUAUCCCAGUGAAAAAGACCAAAGCUCUUGUGGGGUGGUAGAUGGAUAUGGGAGAGAAUGGCUUUCAUCUCCACUUAUUCUUCCCAUCCUUGGGCAGGGGACUGCUUGGAAGCCACUGACGGCUACAAGGCACUGAAGAGAAUGGCUCCAUUAUUUCUUGUCCCUCUGCAUCACUGGUCAGCCUAGGGCAAGAAAGACUAAGAUCCCUGAAUCAGGGUAAGAAGAAGGAGCAUGCAAACUUGCAACAAACAGAGCUGCUGAAAUCAGGUGGCUUUGCAAAUCACAGCCUGUCCCAUCUGUGGUUUUUCUGGCCUAAAAGCUGUAUUGCCCAGUAUUUGGGUGGCCUUUCCGAGAGCAAACAAUUGAUCCUUCCUAGUGGAAGCAAGUUCAUCCUGAGAUCCUUUGGGAACACUGUUCAGAAAUACCCUGAUAGACUUAUCUCUGGUAUCUUUCUCCUCUCUGUCUCUAUCAGUAGAAAGAUCACCUUGUCUGUACUACAUGUGUUAUAAACACCGUGGACCUCAUGUGCUGUGUGAAGUUGGUGGGUGGGAGCACGCGCGUGUGUUGGCUCUUCUCUCUGGUUGGUAUUCUCUCCACAGUGUUUGUUCUUUUCACAGUUUUUCUCCACAUCCAAGGAUCUCCAAGUGCCUUAGAUAUCAAUGAGUCAAUCCUUGUGACAGUUAAAUGUGACACCUUCUGUGUACAGCGGGGGAGACUAAGGCCUGGGUGAAGUGACCUAUCCAGGGUCACACAGGAAACCUGUGAUGCCUCCACAAGCCAGUUUUCUAGCAUCGGCUCUGGACUAGGUGCUGCAGGGUACUUCUGUGCGCUUCUUCUCUGUCAGCUGCUUCCCAGCCUGCGCAUUCCUUUAGCUCAGUUCUAUGGGCCAGUUGUUAGUAGUUUCAGUGGGUCACUGGCAGGUGGGGAGUUGGUGUGGUUAGGUAGCAAGAAAGUCCAGUGUGACUAGGACAAUUGCUGUUGUCCGCUUGGCUUCUCCUCUCUGAUUUCCCAAGUAGGAGUCCCAAAGCCAGCACGGGAGCACCAAACCCAGGAACUGAAAAUUACCAUUGUGCAGUGUUGGUAAGGGAGCUUCACGAGCAGGUCUGGAGCCCAGAGUAGGUAGGAGAGCAGGCAAGUGUGCUGCUCCCUUCUCCACUGCCCUGCCGGUCUCCUUCUUCCUUCCUGUACCACGCUCAGCCUCCGCUUUCAUGCUGCCACAGGAUGCCCUGGCUGUGGGGAAGGGAACUUGACUCAGACCUGCACAACA